CAGUUGAUGAUGGUUAUGCCAAGAACACAACCUUGAGGAACUUAUGCAAAGAUGUCCUAGAGAUGAAAUGAUAGACCUUCAACAACCACAACCAUCUUCCUAUAUGCUGUGUAUGACUGCAAUCAGUGGAGAAUUUCCCUUUGGCCUCUGUCUUGCCUUGGUGUUGCACACCUUUGAUAUUGAAACCAACAAUAUUGGGGAACAUUUCUAAUCAAAAAUAGCAACAAUUUGGCCAGUAUAGUUAGAAGCAAGAAGGUGAAGGGAGGAUUUAAUAGAUAUCUUUGAAAUUGUGGACAUAUUUGAUUUAAAACAAAAUUAAAGGAGUAACGUAGAAUCCCUGCAGUGUGGAAACAGGCCAUUCACGCAUGGAGUCUUAUUGACCACCCCGCCCAUCCAAAGAGCAUCUCAAUCAGAUCCAACCCCUACCCUAUCCACCUGCAUUUACAAUGGCUAACCUGUAUAUCCCUGGACACUAUGGGCAAUUUAGCCUGGCCAGCCCACCUAACCUGCAACAUCUUUGGACUGUGCUGAACAAUUUUGGUUCCUCAUAUUGAGGAAAAGCACACUGGCAUUGGCGGCAGUCCAGAGUUCACCAGGCUGAUCCCAGGUGUGCAUUGGGCUGUUGUGCAAAGAGAUUAGAUUCAAUUAACAAAACAAUCUGAAUCUGAAUACUACUCUCAGUCAUGAUGAUUGUGGAGUAUUAUCGCUUGUUGAAAAUGAACAGCCAUCUGUUUCACUAAUACCAUUGAGGGAAAGAAAUCUGCCAUGCUUAUCUGAUCCAGCCUAUGUGUGGUGCAAUGCACUUGCCUCUUAACUGCCCUCUGAAUGUGUCAAGAUAGCCAUGCAGCUCAAGAGCAAUUAAGGAUGUUCAACAAAUGGUAGCCUUCCCAUAAAUACCCUUGUUACAAAUGAAAUAAAAAUGUUUUUUAAAGUUUAUUCCUUUUGUGGGAUGUGGGUAUCGCUGGCUGGUCAGCAUCUAUUGCCCAUCGCUAGUUGCCUUUGAGAAGGUGGUGAUGAGCUGCUGCCUUUGAAGCGCUGCAGCCCACCUGCUGUGGGAUGACCCAUAAUGCCUUUAGGGAGGAAAUUCCAGGAUUUUGACCCAGCCCUUGAGUGUUGUUCAAGCUGCACUCAUCCAGGCAGUUAGAGAGUAUUCUGUCACACUCAUGACUUAAAAUCCUUGUGAAUGUUAGACAGUCUUUGGAGAGUAGACUUCCCAGCCUCUGACCUGCUCUUGUAGCCAAAAUAUUUAAAUGGCUGGCCCUAUUCCGUUACUACUAAAUGAUAAACUCCAAAUGUUGAUGGUGUGGGGUUCAGUGACAGUAUUGCUAAGGGGUGGCGGUUAGAUUAUUGUUUGUUGGAGAUGGACAUUGCCUGGCACUUGAGUGGUUUGAAUGUUAUUUGCCACCUAUCAGCCCAAACUUGGAUACUCUGCUGGGCUUGCUGCAUAUGGACAUGUGACUCAUCAGAUACUGAAGAAGCUCAAAUGGUGCUGAACAUUGUGCAAUCUUCAGAGAACAUCCCAACUUCUGACUUUAUAUUGGAGGAAAGGUCAUCGAUGAAGCAGCUAAAGAUGGUUGGGUCUAGGUUAAUACUCUGGGGAACUAGGGCUCCUGCAACACUGUAGUGGUGUCAAAGAUCAAAGAAAAUUACAGCACGGGAACAGGCCCUUCGGCCCUCCAAGCCUGUGCCGAUCCAGAUCCUCUAUCUAAACCUGUCACCUGUUUUCCAAGAAUCUGUAUCCCUCUGCUCCCUGCCCACCUCUGAUGAAGGGUCUAGGCCCAAAACUUUUGUGCUCCUGAGAUGCUGCUUGGCCUGCUGUAUUCAUCCAGCUCCACACUUUUGUUAUCUUGGAUUCUCCAGCAUCUGCAGUUCCCAUUAUCACCCAUUCAUGUAUCUGUCUAGAUACAUCUUAGAUGAUGUUAUCAUGCCCAUCUCUACCACUUUCGCUGGCAACGUGUUCCAGGUACCCACCACCCUCUGUGUAAAGAGCUUUCCACGCAUAUCUCCCUUUAACUUUUCCCCUCUCACCUUGAAAUCAUGACCCCUAGUAUUUGAGUUCCCCCACUCUGGGAAGAAAGCAUUUUGCUAUCCACCCUGUCUAUACCUCUCAUAAUUCUGUAGACCUCUAUCAGGUCCCCCCUCAACCUCUGUAUUCCUAAUGUAAAUAAUCCUAAUCUACUCAACCUCUCUUCAUAGCUAGCGUCCUCUAUACCAGGCAACAUCCUGGUGAACCUCCUCUGCACCCUCUCCAAAGCAUCCACAUCCUUUUGGUAAUGUGGCAACCAGAACUGUACUGUCCAUACCUCUAAGCCAGGAAUCAGUGUUUAAGACCCACCUGGUGCAGAAGUGGAUAAUACCAUUUCUGACCAAAUUGUUUAGAAAAAUAUCUACCGUGAAAAACUCCUGCAGAGAGGAUCUGGACCUGAGCUGAUGAGUCAAAUAUGGUGGUAAGAAAUUCAGCAGUGAGAAAUUCAGUGUCAGGUGAACUGAGGUAGGAAUUGAUUCCAGCUAUUAUGGAAUUGGGAAUUGGUAGAGUUAGUUAACAUAUGAUAGGAAAUUCAUCUUGGAAUCUGUAAUACUAAUACAUUCAGAACAGCUCAGCUCAGCUUCAAACAUUUGCCAAGGCACAAAAUGGACAGGUGAUGGCCUAGUGAUGUUCUUGCUAGAUUAUUAAUCCAGAAACGCUGGUAAUAUUCUGGUGACCCAGAUUCUCGUCCCAGUAUGGCAGAUGUUGGAAUCUGAAUUCAAUAAAAAAAAUCUGGAAUUAAGAAUCUACUGAUGAUCAUGAAACUAUUAUCAAUUGUCAGAAAACCCCAUCUGGCUCAGUAAUGUCCUUUAGGGAAUGAAGUCUUCACCUUCACCUGUUCUGGCUUACAUGUGACAUCAGACCCACAAAAAUGCGAUUGAAUCUCAAAUUCCCUCUGAAAUCACCUAGCAAGCCAACCAGAUGUAUCAGUCGCCACAAAGUUUCAACAAAGGAAUGAAACAAGACAGACUAUCUGACCUUGAUCUAGGCAGCAGAAAAGACAAUGGCAAAAACGGCCCUGAAAAGUCCUCCUUACUAAAAUCUGGGACUCAUGCCAAAGUUGGGAGACCUAUCUUUAGGGCGGCACGGUGGCUCAGUGGUUAGCACCGCAGCCUCACAGUGCCAGGGAUCCGGGUUCAAUUCCACCCUCAGGUGACUGUCUGUGCGGAGUUUGCACGUUUUCCCUGUGCUUAGGUUUCCUCUGGGUGCUCCAGUUUCCUCCCACCAUCCAAAGAUCUGCAGGCUAGGUGGAUUGGCCAUGCUAAAUUGCUUGUAGUGUUCAGGAUGUGUAGCUUAGGUGGGUUAUGGGGGAAUGGGUCUGGGUGGGAUGCUGUAAGGGGCGGUGUGGACUUGUUGGGCCGAAGGGCUUGUUUGCACACACUAGGGGAUCUAAUCUUUCAGGCUAGUAAAGCAACAGCCUGACAUAGUAAACAUACAAAACUAUAUCUGGUUUUAUCCCACUGGCAGGACAGACCUCAGAGGUGACAGCACAGUGGUAUGCAGUAGAGAGUGAGUUGCCUUGGGAGUCCUCAACAUUGACUCCAGAACCCAUUAAGUCUCAUGGCUUCAGAUUAAACAUGAGGAAGGAAACCUGCUGAUUACCACAUACUGUCCUCCCUUGGUGAUGAAUCAGUACUCCUCCAUCUUGAACAACAUUUGGAGGAAGCUUUAAGGAUGAAGGGUGCAACAUGUAUUUUGGCUGGAGGAUUACGAUAUCUGCCACAAAAAGUGGCUUAGCAGCAUUGCUACUGAUUAACUAACUACUGAACUAGUUCUAAAGGACGUAGCUACUGCACUAGGUCUGCAGCAGGUGGUGAAGGAACCAACAAGACAGAAAAACAUACUUGACCUCAUCCUUACUAAUUUGCUGGCUGCAAAUGUAUCUGUCUAUGACAGUAUAGGUAAGAGUGACCACCACACAGUCCUUGCAGAGAUGAUAUCUCAUCUUCACAUUGAGAAUACCCUUCAUCGUUUUGUGUGGUGCUAGCUAAAUGCUAAAUGGGACAGGCUUGGAACAGAUCAAGCAACUUAAGACUGGGUGUCCAUGAGGCAUUAGAAAUUUACUCCAGUACAAUGUGUAACCUCAUGGACCAGUGUAUUCCCCCAUCAUUACUAGCAAGCCCAGGGAUCAUCCCUGGUUCAGUAGUGAUUUCAGGAGCAGCACCAGACUUACCUAAAAAUGAAGCGUUAACCUGGUCACGCUACCAAACAGAACUACUUCAUGCCAAAUAGCAUAAGCGGCAAGCGAUAGACAGAGCUAAACAAUCUGACAACCACCGGAAUCAGGUCUAAGUUCUGCAGACCUGACACAGUCACAUGUGAACGGUGGUGGACAAUUAAGCAACUCACUGGAAGAAGAAGCUUGACAAAUAUCUCAAUCUCAUCAAUGAUGGAAGAGCCCAGCACAUCAGUGCAAAAGGUAAGGUUGAAUCAUUCACAGCAAUCUUCAGCCAAAAGUGCUGAGUGGAUGAUCCAUCUCAGCCUCUUCGAGUGGUCCUCAGCAUUACAGAUACCCGGUCUUAGGCCAAUUUGAAUCACUCCACUUGAUAUCAAGAAAUGGCUAGAGGCACUGGAUACUGCAAAGGCUACAGGCCCUGACAACAUCACAGCAGUCGUACUGAAGAUUUGUGUUCCAGAACUUCCCGCUCCCUUAGCCAAGCUGUUCCAGUACAGUUACAACACUGGCAUCUAUGUGGUAAUGUCCAAGUAUGUCUAAAAAGAAGGACAAAUCCAACCCGGUCAAAUACUACCCCAUCACCAUACUCUUGAUCAUCAGUAAAGUGAUGAAAGAUGUCAUCAAGCUGUACCUACUCAGUAAUAACCUGCUCAGUGACACCCAGGUUAGGUUUCACCAGGGCCACUCACUCCUGACCACAUUACAGCCUUGGUUUAACAUGGACAAAACAGCUGAAUCCCGGAGGUGAGGCAAAAAUAACAGCCCUUGACAUCAAGGUCUCAUUUGACCAAAUGUCGCAUCAAGAAGCCCUAGCAAAACUGGAAUCAAUGGGAAUUGGGACAAACUCUCCACUGGUUGGAGUCACAUUAACACGAAGGAAGAUGAUUAUAGCUGUUGGAGGCCAGUCAUCUCAGCUCCUGGACAUCUCAGCAGGAGUUCAUCAAGGAAGUUUCCUAGGUGCAAUCAUCUUCAGUUGCUUCAUCACUGAUCUUCCCUCCAUCAUAAGGUCAGAAAUGAGAAUGUUAGCAAUAAUUACAUGAUAUUUAUCACCAUUCACAAUUUCUCAGAUACUGAAGCAGUCCAUUACUAAAGGUAAUGAGACCUGAACAAUAUCCAAGCUUGGGCUGACAAGUGGCAAUUAACAUUUGCACCAUACUAAUGCCAGACAUGACCAUAUCCAAUCUAACCACCACCCCUUGAUAUUCAAUGGUGCUACCAUCACUGAUUCCACCACUAUCAACACCCUGAAGGUUAUCAUUGACCAGAAACUCACCUGGACUUGCCACAUAAACACAGUGCCACAUAAAGCAGGUCAGAGAUUAUGAAUAUUGCAGCAAAUAAUUCACAAAGCAUGUCUACCAUUUCCAAAGCACAAGUCAGCACUGAUGGAAUGCUUCCCACUUGCCUGGACGCGUGCAGCUCCAACAACACUCAAGCUCGGACAAAGCAUCCAGCUCAUUGGCAUCCCAUCUGCAAGCAUCCAUUCCUGGAAUUCCCUCCUCAAGGGCAUUGUGGGUCAAAUUAUAGUUCAUAAACUGCACUACUUCAUGAAGGCAACUCAUGAUUACCUUCUCAAGGAAAACAGGGAUGGGCCAUAAAUGCUGAUCAAUCAGUGACACCCACAACCCACAAGUGAACAUAAAGAAGAUGGAGGUGGUAACUAGGAAACGGUUUGUUUGUUCUGAGAAUGACUGGCAGAGUCUGAAUAUGUGUUUUCAUCUUUGUUUUCCUGCAGCCUCUAAUCUCCACAGUUAAGUGUGGACUCAGAUUACAAUCUCCCACUAUUUGGAUUGCACCUCCCCAUACAGGAACUUAGAUGUAGUCAAACUAUGUUGAGCUGCAGACCUCCGGCAUUUGAUGUCCUCAGAAACUUUGAUAAGAGCAAUUGCCACUUUCUCGAUCAAGAAUGUUUAUCACUGUUAGGUACGGAGCAGGUCAGAUGUUGAUUCUCAAUCGCUUCUGUCGAAUUGUGAACUUCGUAGAACAUAUCAAACAGAUGUGCAAGUGUGAGACUAAAGCUUGCAUUGAUCUGAUUGAUGAGUCUGGGAACUUGAUGAAUCUCAGCCUGCAACAAAACUCGCUGCAAUGUGUCAAGAACAUCCUAAAGGAACGUGGGAGAUAUAUUCUCAUCAAAGUGAUUAAACAAGAUGAUUCAGACACCAUCAUCUAUGAAUCCAUGUUGAAGAACAUUGAGCAUUGUCAUCCUGCAGUAGCAGAGCAGCUGCGCAAAUUGUCCAAUCCCAAAGCCAAGGACAAGAAAGAGCCAGUACCAAAGAAAUCCCGAUUCACCAAGGAGGUUGUUCCUAACCCUCCAUUCAAAACCAAGUCAGCCAUUGGGAUUAAAAGGAACCCCAGCUUCACACAGAAAACUUUAUGAAACCAAUGGAAACUAUUCAAGAAUAAAAACCAGUAUCCAAACUUGGUUACACAUUUUGAAGAAGUUGUUGAGCACAGUUGAAAUAUUCAUGCACCCAGUCCAGCUGAGUUCUUAGGAUUAAAGCCAAACUCAUGGAUAUUUCUGUAAAAUACCCCAAGCUUGCCUGCAUGUAAAAUCAAUUUCCUUAAAUGUGUAUCAACAAGUGGGAUAGAAAUGUAGAAAUGAAAAAGAGGUUAAACAUCUUCAGGAUUAUAGUGGGGAGUUAUUUAAUCUGGGCAGCAUAAUAUUCUUAGAUAGAAACAAUCAAAGUGAUAGAGGAAUAUUUCAAUCACAGAAAACAGGCCAGCAAGGGUGAAGGGGACUCAGCAGAACCUCUAUCGGUGCGAACAGACCUGAGAGAUUUGAACAGUCACAGAAAGCUAAACGGGCUGAGGUAGUCUGUUAAAUUUUGAAGGGAUUUAACAGAACAGAUGAAGAAGAAAUGUUUUAACAUGUUGAGAGAAAAGCCAAAACCAAGAGCCAAAAUAGUCACUACACAAAAUCCAAAGGAAAAGUCAGGACAAUUUACCUAGAGUAUUGAACUCCUGGUCAUAAGGAACAAUUUACUGAAAUGAAUAACAUCAAUGUAUGUUUCCAUAUUCAGUCAUGGUGUCACUGACUCAGCCAGCAUUUAUUGUUCAUUCCUAAUUACCUGGAAGAGAAUCGAGAAUCAAGCACAUCACUGGGGAUCGGGAGUCGACACUUGGCAAGACUAGGCGAAGAUGGCAGAUUUCCUUCCCUACAUGGCGUUACUGAACCAGGUUUUUAAAAAUAGAGAUGUAUUUUUAUGAUAAUUGACAAUCAUUGAUUAAUAAUGAUCAUUAUUAGAUGCUUAAUUCCAUGUGCCUUGGCAGAAGUUGAAGCUAUGUCCUCAGGACAUUAGACUGGAGUACAGGAUUACUAGUCCAAUGAAUUGAGCACAGGAAAAAUACUCUGCUACUGUGCUCUCAACGGGCCAUUCAGUACAUCUUGCCUGUGCCUUCCUGGUUGCUCGAUGUAAAUUUUAAUGUGUAUUUAUCUGAUUUUCUUUUAAAGUUAAAUUUGAAAAUAAGAACAAGGAGCAGGUGUGGGCAAUUUGGCCCGUCAAGCAUGUUCCACCAUUUAAUAUAACCAUGAUGAUCUCAUUUCAGCCUCAACUUCAUUUUUCUGCCCACUUCCAUAAUCCCUGAACCCAUUACUAAUUAAAAAUGUCUCUCUCCUCAAAUUUAUUCAAUGUUCCAGCAUCCACUGCAUCCUUGGAUGGUGAAUUCCACAAGUUCACGACUCUUCAAGAGAAAUAAUUCCUCCUCAUUUCUACUUUAAAUCUGCAACCUCAUUCUAGAUUGCCCAGCUAGGGGAAACUUCCUUUCUACAUCUACCUUUAGUACCUUAUAUAUCUCAACUAGAUCUCUUCUCAUUCUUCUAAACUCUAGUAGGUGUAUGCUAAAGCUGCUCAAUCUCUCCUCAUUAGACUUCCAAGAUUUCUGGAAUCAAUGUAGUAAAUCUUUUCUGAACUUCCGCCAAUACAAUUACAUCCCUCCUCAACUAAGUGGACCAAAAUUUUAUGCAGUACUCCAGUGCAUUCUCAGUAAUGCCUUGUAUAUUUGUAGCAACGCUUCCCUACCUUUAUAUUCUGUUCAUGCCCCUAAUUUCAAUCUAAUAUUGAUCUUGUUUUGCGCACCUCUUGUGUGGCCAUAGGCUUGUAUGCCUUUCUCUGACUAAGCACCCGGUGAAUAAUUUGCCUAUUUAUUGCUGUAAACUAAAUGAAUAACUUCAGACUUAUCCACGUUAAACUCCAUCUGCCAAAUUUACUUAAGCCACCCACAUCUAUUUGUAAGUUUCUUAUUUCUUCAUUGCAUGUUACUUUCCCACUUAUUGAAGUGUCAUAAUAAAUGUGGCUAUAGUAUUUUCUGUCCUUGCAUAUAACUUAGUAUAGAUUGUAAAUAGGAUUCAGUCCUUGGGCCCUAGUUAUGACAUUCAACUUAUAUCUUGGCAACCAAAGAAGACAUUUUAUUCCAACUCUCCUUUUUAUUGGUUACCCAGUAAUAAUACACUAACCCACUCCCGUAUGAACCUAUCUUAUGUGGCACCAUAUCAAAUGCUUUCUGGAAGUCCACAUAUGCUAUACCUACAGGAUCCCCGUUAUCCACUUUGUAUCUACAACUCUAACAAAUUAGUCAAACAUGAUUUACUCUUCAUAUGCUGACCGAUUGACUGUGUUUUAACUUUCAAAAUGCCCUGUACUACUUUCUUAGUAAUUGUUUCCAUCAAUUUGCCGAUGACAGAUGUUAAACUGGUUAUUACUUCCCUACUUUCUGCGGCUCUUUUUGAAUAUAUUAGCAUUUUCCAAUCUACUGGAAUCUUUCCCAUAUUCUGAGAAUCUCAGAAUAUUUGUAACUGAUACAUCUACUAUUUUGCUGCCACUUCCAAAAGCAAAUUCUCGUCACCCUACUAUUGGAAAGAUGUUACCAAACUGGAAAGAGUGCAAACAGAUUUAAAAGGAUGCCACUAAGGCUGGAGGGUUUGAGUUGCAAGGAGAGACUUUCUAGGCUGGGACUUUUAUUCCAGAAAUGUGGCGUGGCUGGCCGAGGGGUGAUCUGACUGAGUUUUAUAAAAUCAUGAGGGGCACAGAUAAGGUGAAUUGCCAAUGUCUUUUUGUCAGGAUAGCAGAUUCCAAAUCUAGAGGACCAAGGUUCAAGAUGAGAGGGGCAAGAUUUAAAAAGGACCUGAGGAGCAACUUUUUCACACAAGGAUGGUGUGCAAAUAGAACCAGCUUCCAGGGGAAGUGGUAGAGGCAGGUAUAAUUACAACAUUUACAAGACAUUUGGACAGAUAUAUGGGACUAUGGACCAGACCAAACCCCCUCAACAUAUAUUCAGAAGAUAAUCUAAACGUUAACUUUUUCUUAUUUUAGAGAUAAGUGUAUUGUAUUGCAUUCCAGAUGCAAUUCAACUGGUCAAACUACUAGAUUUGAAGCAAAAUUCACUUUAUUCAUACACUAUGGUUAAAAAUACAACAAAAGAAAGAGUAAAGAAAAGAAUUGGCUUAGAUGUAACUCUAUUAGAAAACCGAAGAGAAAACUGGAUUAUUUUACUACUAAAUAGUAACUGUUCCAGUACUGUAACGUCCAUGAAUACCCCCUUGACAAAGGCAAAUUCAGAAAAACAAGAUUGUCUCACAUGCAAUUCCAGCAGCAGGAAGACCAUCCCCAGCUUUUAGCUGUUUAGGAACAAACUGCUUGCACAUCUUCAAGACUUCAGCAGCAACUGCUACCAAAAAAAACUAAAAAACGACUUAAAAUCCUGGUUCUGUCCGGGGUUGGGGGGGGGGGGGGGGUCUUGACCACACGCAUUCAGGCUAUUUCUAUUGUUCCAUCUUUAAAAAAACCCAAGGCAUUACAAAUUGUUAUUCUCGUGAUGGUGCAGAGCUGCUCAACACCUCUGCCUUAAAACCACUCUUCAUAAAAACCAGAACAAAAUACAUCUCUUAUGGCCAUAGUAUUGUCACAAUGGACAAGGCAUGUUUAAAGGGAUAUGGGCCAAAUACAGGCCUAUUUAAGAAACCUGGCUAGCAUGAACAAGUUGGGCCAAGGGGCUAUUUCAGUACCACAUGACUCCAGUACUUUCUUUAGGACCCUAGGAUGUAGGUUUUGCUUAGUACUUAUUUUGUAGUCAUGACAAUUGUUUCAAGUUCCUCCUUUUUCUAUUCCCCAUUACCUGUUAGUAUUGGGAUGAAGGGUAUGCAGGUUAGUUUGAUCUUAGAGUAGGAUAAUGGGUAGCACAACAUUUUGGACUGAAGGGCCUGAACUGUGCUGGACUGUUCUGUGUUCUUUCUAUGUUUUAUGACUCCAGCAUCUUCCACUGAAAAAAAAACAGGUGAAAUAUUGAUUUGGAGAGGGGGAAGGGA